CACCCAAGAAGAUUCCGUCUCAUCCAGAUCACACGCCCACCUAACCCACGCCCCAGAUGACGAGGUAGCCGCCAGUGCCACUGCCAGUCCGCGCUCGUGCUCUCGGAUCUCGGACGGAAGCCGUCGCACCAGUAGCCCAGCGAGUGAGCCCGCGCGGCGGAAUCCCCGACCCGAGCGAUCCGCCAUGCGGCCGCGGCUGGUGCUUUUCGGCGACUCCAUCACCGAGCAGUCCUUCCAGUCCGGCGGAUGGGGGGCCGCGCUCACCGACCUCUUCGCCCGCCAGGCGGACGUGGUGCUGCGCGGCCUCAGCGGGUACAACACGCGGUGGGCGCUCAAGGUGCUGCCGCGGGCCAUGGAGGGCGCGGCGGACCCGGCGGCCGUCACCGUCUUCUUCGGCGCCAACGACGCCUCGCUGCCCGACCAGGUGCAGGCGCACCAGAACGUGCCGCUCGACGAGUACCAGACCAACCUCCGCGCCAUCUGCGGCUACUUCAAGGAGCGAUGGCCCUCCACUGCUAUCAUACUCAUCACUCCGCCACCGAUUUAUGAGCCAGCGAGAAUCCGAGACAUUUAUGGAGUUGAUGAUCCUUCACGACAAGCUGAAAGAACCAACGAGGCUGCUGGCUCUUAUGCACAGGCAUGCAUGGCUGUUGCCAAAGAAUUGGGUCAUCCAGUUAUAGACAUCUGGACAAAGAUGCAGGAAUUUCCAGAUUGGCAAACAUCUGCAUUAAGUGAUGGUCUUCACUUCACCCCAACUGGGAACAAGAUCCUGUUUGACGAGGUGGUGAAGACGCUAGCAAGCAUCGGUUUCAGCGAGAGCCUCCCAUCUGACCUCCCCCUCUACCAUGACAUUGACCCCAAAGACCCCAUGCAAGCUUUUGGAGCAUGAAGACACCUUAGUGCAUGAUUAGAUUAGUGAUGCUUGCUGGUUUCAAAUGAUGUGUCCGAAGUCAGGCUCUAUUCUGUAUGGCAACGCUUGUGCGGCUUUUCCUUCUGGAGAUGGUUUUUGUGCUUGUGCAUUAAUAAUAUGCAUAUGUAUUAACGAUGCCACCACAUAAACAGCAAAAUCUAAUAAAAGACUUUUUGUCUCUAUUUUUUA